UGCAGGCGAGAAGGUGUUGCAGAUUUCCACAGCCUUUCAUUGACGAUCGGAUUGCAUUUCACCGCGGAAGAAAGGAGGAGACCUGUACAAAGAUCAGUGUCAGCUGCUUUGCGCAGUUUUUCGCGUACCUUUUGUCAGCAGAAGCACAGCACUAUGUCCAGUGAACAGCACAAGAAUCCGAAAGCGGAUACAAGCGCGGCUUCCCUGCAAUCAGCCCCCAGGGAAGAGGAGAGCUGCCUCGUGCCCUCGCCCUGUGACAGCAGGUCAUCAAUGUCAUCUGCGGUCAACGACCAGCCUGCUUUCGAGAACUCGAGCCAAAAGGGCGGAGACGACGUCGCCGCAUGGUCCCAGGACAAUAGAGCGCCAUCGCUGCCAGAGCCUGAACUGGUAAGCGAUUCCGAGGACGACCCCACGGAUGACAACGUCUCUUCCGAUACACCCACUGACAACGGCGCUGGGAGCAACGGAGCCAUGUGCCGGAUCUGCCACGAAGGCUACCAAGAAGAACAGCUCGUGUCGCUUUGCAGCUGCUCUGGCACCAUGGGCUUCGUGCACGUGUCCUGCCUCGAACGCUGGAUUAACGAGAAGAGCGUGGACUUCUGCGAACUCUGCGGUCAGCGUUUCCCGAUGGCGGCCCGACGUGGAGACGUGCUUAGGUUCAUCCACUGGGUUUCGCAGAGCACGCUGCGGCUGCGGCGAGCGCUGCUGCGCGAUUUUUUACUCUCGGUCGCCUUGAUAAUGGUCACUGUAGCUUCGAUCGCUUUUUUCCUGCGCUUAGUCUUGUCGGAAGAGCGUCAUUGGGACCGUUUUUUCGAGUGGGUUUAUUAUGGCCUACUGCUGUAUUUAAUGGUCUGCGUCUUACUCUAUUUAUACCUGCUUAUGUUCGACAGGCUGUGCGAUUGGCACAAUAUGUUCCUGGCGUGGCAGUAUGCGCAUCCGGGCCGCCGGAUCUUGACAGUGCCUUCCGCAAGAGUAGUAACUCUUGGCCGUACAGAACGGGGCAACGACGAGCGGGCAGCCGCAGAGCCAGCGACGUCGGGUCGGCGUCGCCGCCGCUAGCAUCAGUGGUCGAGAACCGAUGACAGAACAUCAAGAUGGGGGCGACAAAUUCAAGGAACUUCAACCACCACUAAAAACUCUUUGCAAGAAGAACGCCCAUCUAUAGUCGAGACGUGCUUCAGGCUAGCAAUGUGUUUCAAGCAUUCGCAGAAUUUGUGUAGUGGCAGCUUUUAAUACAUCAGUGCUCUUCAUGAGCGUGACAUCAUUUGAUGUCACGCUAUCUGUUAUGCAAUUUAUCUCAUACUCACGUAAUUGAUAUUCAUGUCUUUUUCUGCUGUUUUAUAAUUUCAUUACUCCAACGUACUCUGAAUAAAAUCCUGCUUUUAUGUC